GUUCAGCAUUCCUCCACCGCGACGCUCCUCCUCUUACAGUGCCAAAUCCCCGUGCAGACUUGCGCCACUACUUUCCCCAGAACAAAAACCUCCUUUGUGUCGCCGGAAAACAACAUGGCUGAAGUUGCCGUCCAGUCCGAAAGAAGAAGCGAGGGGAUUGUGAUUAGUGAUGACUGGCCAGGCUACAGUCUAGACCUCUUCAGUUAUCCAGCCCACUACUCCGGAGAUUUGGAGUGUGUCGUCGUUCCUCAUGGCGUGAUUAUGGACAGGACGGAGCGCUUGGCUCGAAACAUCAUGGAUGAUCUGGGGGACCAUGACAUCGUGGUGCUGUGCGUCCUCAAAGGAGGCUACCAGUUCUGUGCCGACCUGGUGGACAGGAUCAAGGCUCUUAGCCGGAACUCCAACCGCACGAUCCCGAUGAGGGUGCACUUCAUCCGCCUCAAGAGCUACCUGAAUGACCAGUCGACGGAGGACCUUCACAUACUCGGAGCAGAGGACUUGUCCUUUUUAGCUGGGAAGAACGUACUGAUUGUGGAGGCCAUCGUCGGCACUGGGAAGACGAUGAAGACUCUCCUGAAGCACGUCGAAGGCUUCAGGCCCAAAAUGAUCAAAGUUGCAGGAUUGCUGGUGAAGAGAGUCCCGGAUAGCUCAGCGUGUGUUCCUGACUACGUCGGCUUUGAGAUACCCAAUCGCUUUGUGGUCGGAUACGCUUUAGACUACAAUGAGUAUUUUAGAGACCUCAAUCACAUUUGUGUGAUCAGCGAAAGCGGGAAGAUGAAAUACAAGAUUUAAAGAGAGGAGCGAAAAAGAAGUGACUGUCACGCAGAUGUAAUAUAACAGCAAGCCCAGGCAUUUCCCUAGAGAUGGCCUUCACUUACAGCUGCUAUCGUGACAUCUGAUCUCAAGCAUACCUGUUUUCGCUAUAACAUUCCUUCUAACAAAAUCUAAAUUUAACGACGCAGGCUGUGAUUUAACUGGUAGUUUUAUCAAAGUGAGUGCAUAUCUUACCCCGUUUUAAAAGUUGCACUUUUAUUCCCUGCGAUUGCAAAAGUGGUCCACGUGAAAAAAAAAUAUUUUAAUAUUGGGAAACCGCAACAGUGGUGUUUUUUUUUGUUUUUUUUGUCAGACUUGAACUCACACACCAUAUCAGUUGUUCUGAUUCAUCUGUGAGCUGUGAAUGGGUUGCUCUUCGUGUUUUAAAGUCGUUUUAAACAACAUAGGAGCCUCUUGAAAUGAAAGGGAUUCAUUUUUAUUUGAAAAUUUGUGCUAGAAUUUUAAAUUUUCUUGCCUUUUGACGUUUCUUUAGAUAGUUAUGUCACUGUUAAUGCUCAGGGGCAAACAACGUAGCGUCGUCACCACUAAUCCCUCUACCUCGUUGUUUUUUUUUCCAGUAUGCCAUGUAGGUUACUUUUUCCAUUUCAUUUUAUCGUUCAACAUACAAUAAAGCCUUUUCUAACA